AUGAAUUCCACCAUGGAGCCCCCUCCUACAGGAUUUACUGCCCAUUCUGAGGCUGAUCGUCAGAGGUUUUUGCAGGAGGGCAGCAAUGCAAGUCCACAACAUGAUGUCUUGCUAGAAGCAAGAAACUCCAAUUCUGGGGAAAGUACCGCCUAUGAUCCAAUUUCAACACCUCCAAACCUUCCACCUGGAAAGCGGGCUGAUGCUCCCUCUGCAGCAGAGCUCCGCUUCGCUCAAAAGUAUCUCGGGGGAGAUGUUGACAUGAGCAUGAUAGAUGUGAAGAAGGGCAAAGACAUCUUCCUUAACGGCAUAAAGGAUAUGCCGGAUGAAAUCAUCCAAGACGCUGUUCUUGCGGCACAAGCUGACCGCGAACAUGCACAUUUACUUGCCAUCACAUCAGCUUGGGGUCUGGAGAAAAUCGAAUGGUGCGUGAGGCUUCAGACAAAGAUAAUGAAGCACAACGCCAAAAUGUAUGCUGAUAAGUUAGCGGAAGCAUCCUUUUUCGAAGCACUUUUGGUCAAACGUACAAGACCGCAGCUUGAAGAUGACGCGGACUUCACUAUUGCAGCAUAUGUUGAAGAUUUCAUGGUGUUCACUGUUGCAGACAUGAAGCUUGAUCAACUAGAGGAUGUUGCUGAUGCAUGCAAGCUGGAUCUACCCAUGGACGAUGCAACUCCUGAGAGUUACGUGAACUCACACUUGGAUUCUAUUAUUGCGGGUGCAGACAAUAUCUACCCCUGGCCCAGUCGCUUCUGA